GAGAGAUGCACAGUGACCCGUCGAGAGUCCUUUAAAAUGCCAAGGGACAUGGACGGUAUGUAAGUCGUGGAGAAGCCUGUGGCAGAAGACAUGGAGCUCAAGAGUAGCGUUGCCUUUGCACUAAUUCUGUUGUUUCUGCUGCAACCAAGAAUGAGCAAAGGGGCUGGCUCCAGUGACUGGAAACCGGCCGAGGUGUACGAGAUAGACUACAAAGGGCCUGAAACACAUUUCUUCCCUCCUCCUGAUCAUGCACGUGGUGCAUCUUCGCAGACAGAGAACAAGUCCGUGAAAUCAAAGCCUCGAACUGCUCACAUUGGUAGGAAAGUACUUGGUGGAAGAUGAAAGGUUUGGCCAACGCAUAGUUGUGGUGGAGCUUGGAAUGAAAGGUGUGUAUGAAAUGGAUGAUCAGUUCGUGUACCAUACUAAUUGGGGAAAUCCCUCCCAGGUAGGAGGGAAGGCAACAAUCUCUUCUGGGAAAAACUGUUAUGUGUAUUUUAAUUUAUAUAUAAGAGUUUUCCUUUGUCAUGAGAGUGGAGAGAUGUAUCUAUGAUAGAGUUGAUGUCUAAAUAUGUAAGCACUGAGACAUCUAUCUUCCAAUCUAGUAAGAUAUCCGUACCAUUACUAUCC